AUGGAUUUUCUUGUUUUCAUAUGUGAGGGGAUCUUUCUACAGAAGGCGGAGGCCUAUCAGGCAGCAAGAAGCGCUGCAGAAUACUUGCACGCCCAUCAAGUUCCCUACGGUUAUACGAGCGUCUCACUCUUCGGACUCUUCAUGCAGGGGCUAAACCACGCACUAAGUGCGAAAGUGGAGAAGACGCUACUAAGUGAAAAAUCCGAGGAAAUUGGUGUGGCAGCAGAAGUUGGUGCGUCACCGGAAGGUCAUGGAACGCCAUCUGAUGGUACUGUAGCGAUUUUAGUUCUUUCCUUCUGUUGAUGAAUAGGAACGCGCGAUCUUCCUGUCAAGAAAGUAUCAUGAAGGUUGUGUUACCUACAUCAGACAAAGACUUUGAUUUGCAGUAAAAGUGGUCCCUCAACAUUGAUGUUGCGUGCAUCUUCAUGAUCAUCCUCAAUCAUCACUGCCAGGCAUCAACGACCCCAAUAGCCCUGCUUGUCCGGCGGUUGUCGCCGCCGUCGAAUGGUAUCGCACAAGUAAGAGAGGAC